AUGGGUGGAAAACAAUCGAUUUUAGACGAAGAAAUUUUAAAAGAUUAUCAGAUUGAAGAAUUGCAUUCGAAUCCAUUUAAUGAUCGUAUCAUCGAUGUAUUCUCGUCUAAUAAAGAAGAUGGUUCAUUUACAUUCGAAGAUUUUCUUGAUAUGAUGUCCGUAUUUUCAGAAAAUGCACCAAAAUCAGUCAAAAUUAAUUAUGCCUAUAAAAUAUACCAAGGAAUAUCAAAAACAACGCAAGAAACAACAAAUGAAGAUGCAAUUGAUCUAAAAGAUAUUGAAGAAAUUAUUUUUCGUUUAUCUGGGAGAAAAAUUAAUAAAAAUGAAUCAAAACGCAUUGCUAAUUCUGUUAUUAAUGAAGUUGAUUUACGUAAUGAUAAAAAAAUAACAGCUGAAAUCUUUGAAUAUUUUUUAAGUAAUGUACCAGAUUUUCCAACAACAUUUUGUAUACCAUUAAGUGAUGGAGUACAGGAUACAUAUACCAGAGAAGAAGCUUAUCUUCCCAUCACAAAAAUUACGAAACCUACUACUGCAUUUGUCACUCAACAAGUUAAUGAAGUACAACAACAUCAAACAUCGACACAUAAACAUCAACAUCGAUCAAAAAAACGUCGAAGUCGUUCACGUCAAGGUCGUGAACAUGGUAACGCAGUACAACAUCGAUCAAACCAUUAA